CUUGCUCUAUUAUUGAAGUAUAAGAACUUACAGGUUCGUUUCUACUUGGCCUAGAGGCAACGCCGUCACCCUAGCACGCUACUGUCGGGGUUUGAAUCCUGGCGGACCAUGUUUUUUUAAUUGAAUUGUCGGGUUUUCGUUUCUCUGCUUAAGUUUUGUCGGCUUAUUUGCCAUAUCAUGGUUUUUGCUUGUGCUUUUUCGUUUCGACUCAACUUGUGUCUGCUCAAAGUUUGUUGGCUUAGUUGCCUUAUCACAGAUUUUUCUUGUUUUGUAAGCAAAUUUCAUUGAAGUUGCAAGUGCAUGUAUUGCAAGUGUUGUUCAAUGUUUUUUCAGGGGGUUUUGAAUUUUUUUGAAAACUUUUUUUAAGUAUUUUUUUCCGGCUCCACUUGUGUCUGCUCAAAGAUUGUCGGCUUUGUUUUCUUUUCGUAAGUUUUGUUCUGUUCUAAUUUAUAAUUCAAAUGUCUGGCGUUUUUGCUUUAAUUGAGCGUUUACCGAGAUGUACGAAAGUCUUAGGAGACUUCAUUUUUUUCUUUUUUCCAAAUUAUGUUUGUAAUGUUUGUAUUGUAUCGCAAGCAAUGCGAAGCUCCGCUUAGCCUCUGUGUUAAAAACUUGCUUUUAAGCACUGUUAGGAUCUUGUUAAAUAUCCUCACUCUCCUUUGGUACUUAUUUAAAUUAUCUCCCUAUAUAUGAAUUAUUCAACUUUUAAGCAUAUGCGAAAUUUUGUCCCCUAUAAUAAUAAUCAUUUCUCUUGCGAUUACUAUGUAAAUUUUUGCAUUAUUUGGUCAUACUGUAGUUUUGUUCACGUGAUUUUUGAAUUAGAAAGUGGAGUCAAUCGCUUUUAUCCUGAUUUUGAGAAACAGCUUCAAGCAAUGUGUUCAUGUAGGUUAUUUUUAUCGAUAAUGAAGACUUGAAAUCUGUCUUAGCUUUUAAGUAGUCUAUAAAUAACCGCGAAACUGAGUUUUUGGCAGUUUGUGGGUUUGUAGUUUUGCGGAAUAUUGAGUUUGUAUGCUCAUCGACCAUAUGAUUUUUCUAUUUUCUGGAACCUGUCGAUUGAAGGUAGCUUUUAAUAAGCCCCUUCUCCACUCGAGAAUAUUUUACCAAGUUAUUAAUAGAACUAAAUUCGAACUGUCUGAACAAAACCGAAGUCACCCAUAAGACCAAUUGAAAUAGUUGUUGUCUCUAUACUUUCUGUAGUUUUGUAGUAACAAUUACGCUAAGUUUUGUAGUGUGACAAGUUGCUGCGUUUGGUAGUAGUAGUUGCUACCACUUUUAUGGUAGCCAAGUUUGUUGCUCCAACUUAGGGGGUUGUUAAAUCUGCAAGGCCGACCCCAGUUAGUAUUUAAUAUCUUACUGAAAGUUAGGUUAAUUUGAAGUCUCUUCAAUUUGAAAAGUAACAUGGUAAAUUCGCACUCCUGCUAUAAGCAUUUAUAAAUGUGUGUAAAAAGUAGUUAUAAAAAUAGCUGAAGCCGAAUAUAUUCCCUAAAAGAACUUCCACGCUUUCCCAUUCUAAGCCAACAUUCUUUUUGUUCCUUAAUUUAAUCCCGUAUUCCAUUUCACGUCAUAAGCUUACAUGUACUGUUCCCUUCCUGACUGUUAAAAGUGAAUGAACUCUAUGUAUUUUUUUUUACUUACCAACCGAACGAAAUAUAAACUGGCUGACGCAAUGAAACAAGGACCUUAGAUAGCUACAACUUUAAUGACUCUGCUUUCUAUCUAACUUUGAUUGAAUAUAUAAUUAAUUAAUAAUUAUAAUCAUAAUAAAUUGUUUCCAAGUGAAGUCAUUGCACAAACAGAAUUAUAAGUGAAGAAUUCUUUUACAAAAUAGCUAGGUGUAUUUUGUUCAUGCUUGAUGUCGUUUUUCUUUCGUAUAAUUUACUCUCGAAUCUGUGCUUGCGUCAAAUGGACUUGAGGAUGCUUUUUUGAGUGACUUGGUGCAACAAUGAACUUGAUGCUCAUCAUAUCUCAACAGACCAAAAAUUUUAGAAAAAUUUGGACUUUUAUUCAAGUUUGCACCAAUUAGAAGUCUAUCUUGGACACUUUUGACCAAAGUUUUGGCAAUACAAUCGAAGUUUUGUGCAAACUAAUCCGAAGUGAAGCCACUAGUUAGUUUUCAUUACCCUUGGGUUUGCAUAUGCUGUAACUGAAUACCAAGAAUGAAAUCAGAAGAAGCAGCUUCGAAAUUGGAAAUGAAUUCGAUGGACUUGGAACAUCUCUUAGCACAGCCGCGUGUCAGUAUAUUCGGCUAUGGAUCUCUAGUAUGGAGACCUGCAUUCCAGUUUGACUCGUGGGAGCUGGGUUUCAUCAGAGGAUAUUCUAGAAGAUUCUGGCAGAUGUCAACUCAUCACAGGGGAACAGAAGACAACCCUGGCCGCGUGUUAACUUCGCUAGAAGAAAAAGACAGUCAAAUUUACGGAAUAACUUACCACGUGAGUGGUCGCGACAAAAUCCUGAAAGCUCUGGAGGCUCUCGGAAUCCGAGAAGUUGUUCUCGGGGGCUACAGCUCAAUGCUGAUGGAUUUCUAUCCCGCGUCUAACGAAUGGUGCAGUCGAAAACCGAGUUGCAAAGUCGUGUUGUAUAUUGCUCUUCCCUCCAACGAGUUAUACUGUGGAGAUGAAAGAGAAUCGGAGUUUGAUAUCGCCAAGUGUGUUUCGCAAUGCGAGGGGAUUUGCGGACCAAAUAGCGAGUAUAUUCUAAAACUGGCAGAAUUUAUGAGACGGAACUUUCCAGAUGUGAGUGAACCUCAUUUGUACGAAAUCGAAAGACAUCUGAGAGUUCUAAUUAACCAAAAGACUUCAAAACAUGUGCAAAAAACGCAGUCAUCUCCUAAAAACAUUUCCAUUUGUUCUGAACAAGAAGAUACGAACGGUUUGAGAACUCAAAUAGAGAGUUUAAGAUCUGCAAAAGUGAAGGUCGCCACCGCCUAGAAAUGCUAAUUGAUCUUGUUAACAACGCCCCCCCCCCCCGACCAGGGUUUCUGAUAAGUUUUCAAUACCCCUACUUAAACUGUUAAGUCAAGUCUAAAGCCUAAUUUAACAGCUAAGCAUACACCACGUAUUUUGCACCUUGUAAUGAAUGGACCUAGUUUCGUUCUUUUAAAUGAAGGGGGAAAUAGCUAAGAAGAUCAAUGCAAAGAGUACUUUUAAUCAUGUAGGGUAGAUGACUUAUACCCAUUAGUUGAUAGACGCCAUAAAAGUGCAGGGAUCCGCUUCCAAAGUGUCAGUGCUUUUUGUUCGGUGCUUAUGUUGAUGUAUUUGAGUAGCGUACUUAUUUAACUUAGCUUUUAUAUUUAACUGCGGUUGUCAAACUAAAUUAGCUCAAUAAAAUUGUAAUCAAACUAACUCUUUUGCUUAUGCAAAGCAGCUUUCGUGUCCUUUUUGUUUGUCUUUCCUUCAAGUCCUAUAAAUGUGGAUAGCAAAUUUUAUUUUAAGAAUUGAUUAAAUGCUGCAUUAAAACUAAAUUAUUCAAUCAGGCUUGGUUAAAACUCAAGAUUUUGUGUCAACACUUACGAUGAGCUAAUGUAUUGUAAUCGGCAACUUAACUGUUUCCCUGUGAACAUUUUUGGGGAGGGUUCUCAUGC